UGCUAUUCUAUCGCAUCACCACACGUUUCAUUCACGAACCGGUCCCCCGGUUACACUAGACAGCUGCGCGCGCCGCAUCGCCACCUUCCAUUCCCGCAUCUAGGGUUGCCCGCGCCCCGCCACCGCCGGCCAUGUCCGACCCUGCCUCCGCCCGGGACCCCGACGCCGAGAUGCGCGACGCCGCCGCGGCAGAAGCGGCAGCAGCCGGCGACGACGACGACGGCAGCGAGGAUGACGCGGAGGAGGAGGAGGAGGAGGAGGAGGAGGAGGAGGAGGAGCUGGCACCUGCCGAGGAGCCGGCGGCGGCACCGGAGCCGGUCUCGGCCUUCCCGGGGAGCCCGAACCAGCUGACGCUGCUGUUCCAGGGCGAGGUCUACGUGUUCGAGUCCGUCACCCCUGACAAGGUUCAAGCUGUCCUGUUACUGUUAGGAACUGGUGAAAUUCCACCCGGUCUAUCUGCCAUGGUUUUACCCAGUCGACGUGAAAACAGGGGUUAUGAGGAUUUGCUUCAGAGGACAGACAUUCCUGCAAAAAGGGUUGCUUCACUCAUUCGGUUCCGCGAAAAACGCAAGGGGAGAAAUUUUGAUAAGCAAAUACGCUAUGCUGUACGCAAAGAAGUGGCGCACAGGAUGCAGCGUCGGAAGGGGCAAUUUGUUGGAAGUGCAAAUUUGGAGGGGGAGUCCCCUUCUCCAGGCUGUGAUCCUGCCUCCCAGGGCUCAGGCCAAGAUUUCCUGUCUCGAGAAUCAAAGUUGUGUCAGAAUUGUGGCACUAGUGAAAAGAUGACGCCGGCAAUGCGUCGUGGUCCAGCUGGUCCAAGGACUUUGUGCAAUGCUUGUGGACUGAUGUGGGCAAACAAGGGCACCCUGAGAAGUUGCUCCAAGGCAAAAGUCGAAGCUCCUAUGCUUGCAAUUGAGCAGUGCAACGCUGCGGUUGCCCAGUGUCAGACUGGAACCGAUGUCAAAGCACUGCCAGCUCCAAGCAACUACGACGUCACUCCAAGCAAGGGCGAAGCCAUGGAUAACAGUGUGACUGCAACCGUAGCUGCUGCUGCGAUAGAAGGAGCGCCGAAGGCGCAGUCAGAAUAAGUUACAUCGACAUUUGAUUAUUGAACACAAAAGACCCCAAAUUCAUCUCGUAUAGCCAAACGUCACAAAGCACAAGAUUCACUUAUCGUGAAUACUGAUCGUCAUCAAGUGCGCAUCUCUUGCUUGCCAGCGCCAGAUAUGUAAUUAACAUAAAAGCAUCUGGCUCAAUAUGUUGGCAUUUGAGGUGUUACAUUUGGCUGCCCUUUGCGAGCAGCGCAUUUACAUAAUCACAACAUCACAUCGAUCGUUUUACCA